AUGAGUGAAUACCUUCCCUCCUUCAUCGUCGAACCUGUCCUGCGCCAAGCACGGCGGUUUUCUCGCCUCAGCAGUGGCGCAGACGAAUCGCCCAGUUUCCUCCCUGCCGUCCCGGAUUUACAACAGUGGAAUCCUUCUCGGCUUUGGACCACGUCACCUCCUCCUUCCCUCGAGGGAACGGACGGAGACGACCCCGAAACCAUCGCGCAGUCGUUCACGCGGGCCCUUCAAUUAUGGGCCAACCAGUUGAACGACCUCGACCUCGACCUCGAUCAGUUCCCUUCUCCUGCCCUCGAGGCAAUGGAUGACUCGGCGCGUGAACCGUUACCAUCAGGCAGGGAAGAUGGCCCUGGCACCGAAUUCCCACUCCUCGAAACGGAAGCUCUACCACAACCUUCACGGCCGGACUUGCUCGGAGGCAAUCGCACCAGCAGCGAAACUUCACUAAACCCCGCUCGAGAAUUGUCGUAUAGAUCCCGAUUCCACGAAGACAAUGCCAGACCUCAUGCGGCGUCUGAUCCACCCGCGGCCGGCCAUCUAGGUCCCGCGAGGACGGUCUUGACGGAAUUUGGACGGGAAGAAUAUGACGCGACUGCACACCGCCGGAGAGAUGGAUCCGGGGUAUUACCAGAAGACGAUGGGAUGGGACCUCUCCGACGAAGAAUCCGUGCGAUCUGGUCAGGACCCGGCACACCGGUCGAGAAGUCGAGGCUUGUACAUGGGUUGAUGAUGGAACGCUACCAGAUCACGCAGGCCCUACGACCUGCCAAACCUCCACGGCGGCCACUUGACUCUCCUCGACGACCGGCGUCCUCUGGCUCCUUGAUGUCGGGGGUUAGCCAAGAAGUCGUCUACAACCUUACGCCGGAGGAUCUCGUUCCUACUUACGCACCACUCGACGAACCCGCCCCGGACAUGUUAGACGCGUCAGAAGAAUCAUCCACACCACAGCUUGGCUGCCCCCAUUACAAGCGGAACGUGAAAAUGCAGUGCAAUUCAUGCGAGAGAUGGUACACGUGCCGAUUGUGUCAUGACGAAGUCGAAAACCAUACCCUCCCACGCCGGGACACCCGAAACAUGCUAUGUAUGCUUUGCAAUACCCCCCAACCGGUGGGCCAGUUUUGCAAGAUGUGCCAUGUCCAAACAGCCUGUUACUAUUGUCCCGUGUGCAAACUGUGGAACAACGACCCGGCCAAAUCGAUCUACCACUGCGACGAUUGCGGCAUCUGUCGAUUAGGGGAGGGUCUCGGCAAAGACUUCUUCCACUGCCGGACCUGUGCCGCGUGUAUGUCGAUCCAGGCCGAGAGCACGCACAAAUGCAUCGAGAGAAGCACCAAAUGCGACUGUCCGAUUUGUGGAGAGUACAUGUUCACUUCCAACAAGCCGGUGGCGUUUAUGCGUUGCGGUCACAGCAUUCACGAGUCCUGUUUUGCCGAGUGGUGCAAUGCCAGUUACAAAUGCCCGUUAUGCUCCAAAAGCAUUGCCAACAUGGAAAGUCAAUUCCGGCGAUUGGACAAACACAUUGAAGAACAGCCGAUGCCGGAAGAAUACCGCGACAACCGAGCAUACAUAUUCUGCAACGAUUGCAACAGUCGGAGUGUGACCAAAUAUCACUGGCUAGGGUUGAAAUGUGCCAUCUGCGACUCAUACAACACGACCCAGUUGGAGCUCUUGGGCGCCGACGAGACGCCUCAAUUGUAUGCGGCACAGGAGCGUGCCGCGCAAGAAGCCGAGGUCAGCGAGGCGGCCAUCACGGCAAGCCAGAGUCACACUCCGACCGACCAGAUGACCCAGCCCGUCGACAUUGAAGGCCUCCCCCGUUCCAUCGAGACCCAACCCCAAUCUCUUAGAAGCCGGUCAUCCUGGUUGCUGCCCCGGUCACCCACCAGCCGAUCGGCCCGUUCGUCAUCGCCGGUGGUAGGCCACGGAAAUUACUUUGGCACGGGUCAGCGCAGUGCAGAAGCUGUUGCUCGUGCUGCGGCGCCGGUGCCUCGACGUGGCACGACGCCUCUGGAAGAUGACGACCACCUGGACUUUUGGGGCCGACCGAGUUCGCCGAGUCAACAUGACGCGGUGGACGCUGAGGUGGAUUCCGAUUCACAGUCCGAGAGCAGUCAUGACGAGAUUAUGGAGGACGAGGAUGAGGAUGAAGAGGAGGAUGCCAUGGAUUUGAUUCUGAUCGGGCAUAGAUGA